AUGGCCACCGAGCGUGAAAGCAAGACCUUCCUGGCCCGCCUCUGCGAGCAGGCCGAGCGCUACGAUGAGAUGGUUACCUACAUGAAGGAGGUCGCUCAGCUGGGCGGUGAGCUCAGCGUCGACGAGCGCAACCUCCUCAGCGUCGCCUACAAGAACGUUGUCGGCACCCGCCGUGCCUCGUGGCGCAUCAUCUCCUCCAUCGAGCAGAAGGAGGAAUCCAAGGGCUCUGACAAGCACGUCUCCACCAUCAAGGAGUACCGCAGCAAGAUCGAGCUCGAGCUCGAGAAGGUUUGCGAGGAUGUUCUCGAUGUCCUGGACAAGAGCCUCAUCCCCAACGCCGCCACCGGCGAGUCCAAGGUCUUCUACCACAAGAUGAAGGGUGACUACCACCGCUACCUUGCCGAGUUCGCCUCUGGCGAGAAGCGCAAGGUCGCUGCCACCGCCGCUCACGAGGCCUACAAGAACGCUACCGACGUUGCCCAGACCGAGCUGACUCCCACUCACCCCAUCCGCCUGGGUCUCGCCCUGAACUUCUCCGUGUUCUACUACGAGAUCCUCAACUCCCCCGACCGUGCUUGCCACCUUGCCAAGCAGGCUUUCGAUGAUGCCAUCGCCGAGCUCGACUCUCUCUCUGAGGAGUCUUACCGCGACAGCACUCUCAUCAUGCAGCUCCUGCGUGACAACCUGACCCUGUGGACUUCAUCCGACAGCGGUGAGGCCGAGCAGGCCGGUGAGGCCAAGAAGGACGAGGGUGAAGCUUCCAAGCCUGCCGAGGAAGAACCCAAGGCUGAGGAGCCUGCUCCCGAGGCUACUUCCUAA